UCUGGCAGUCCAGUAGCGAGCGGAGAAAGCUGCAGUGAAAUCACAAUGCGGUGAAAUCACCGACCCACGGAGCUAGACACAGAGAGCCAAACCCCAUGCAUUCAAACGCAUAGUAGCUAACGCCUUGAUUUGGAGGGAAGAAGAAGAAGGAGAAUGCAAACGGCCAGAGACCUGGGUUCGAGGCCCACCUUGGAUGCUGUCUGUGUGGCGUUCUCCCUGUGACCGCGUGGGCUUCCUCCGGGUGCUCCGAUUUCCCCACACAUCCCAAAGACGCGCAGCAUGCGUCCGGUCAAGAAGCCCCUUUGCUGUUUCCUGCUGGUGUCUCUGCCGCUGGGAAUUUUCUUCCUUUGUCUCUGGCCCCUGAAGCCGUACCACGUUGUGGACGUGAAGUACGGGAUGCCCGCUAUUGCCGAGAACCUUCUGCAACACGGACUCUGGGAGCCCUCGGACAAAUAUGCGCACAUUUCCUUCAAGGUGAAGGAUAUCGUUGCUGGGCUGCUUCCGAAGAACGACUGCACUUGUGACAAGGUUGAGCCUGUGCUGAACCUUCCAUUCGCCAGGCAUCUUUUCCGUCAGGUGUCGGUCCACCAGUUCCAGCAGGUCUUCAAAGAGGCCGAGCGGGAGGAACUGAAGAAAAAGAGGGAACAGGAAUAUCAGCAUUUUCUGGAGAGGUCCCGUUCCCCCGCCGACAUGAUGAUCAUCGCGAAAGCCAACAGCCCGCUGGAGUACCCCAUGCAAGGGCUGCAAGUGCGGCCCCUCAAAACCAUUGUGAUACCAGGUUUAAGUUUGCAAGCACCAUCUAGGAAACUGUAUCAGGUCAACGUGACGGCCUCGCUCGGGACCUUUGACGUGGCUGCGGAGGUGGACGAGGUGACGGUGGAAGGUGCCGGGCAGAUGCACCUGUCUCUCUCCAGCGCCCAGGUAGACAAACUGAACCGCCAGCUCCAGUUCAUCACCUACACCAACACCAUCUUCAACCCCAACACGGCCGACACGGUGCAGCUCGAGACAGACGGACACCAGGCUUUUUUUGUCAUCAAAAUCCGACAUGCCACCAUCCCAAAACUAUACAGCUCCGGGGACCAGUCAGGAUAUAACGUCAGUGCGCUGGUGACGGUAGCCACCAAAACCUUCUUGCGGUACGACAAGCUGAGAGAGCUGAUAUCGAGCAUUAGGAGGUUUUAUCCCACCGUCACCAUUGUAAUAGCGGAUGAUGGCAGCAACCCGCAAAAGAUUGAAGGGCCGUUUAUCGAGCAAUACUUCAUGCCUUUUGGGAAGGGUUGGUUCGCUGGCCGCAACCUUGCCAUUUCCCAAGUCACCACCAAAUAUCUCCUCUGGGUUGACGAUGAUUUCAUCUUCACUUCAAACACCAAGGUUGAAAAACUGGUGGACAUUUUGGAGAAAACGACCCUGGACCUG